AUGCAGCGCCCGCGUGGGCCACCGCGCAGCGUCUUCGAGACCCGUUUGCUUCGCGUCAUCUUUAGCUUUGUGCGUCACCCAAGCGACCUCUUUGCAGCGAUCCGCGCCUUUCCGGUCGACAUCCUCCCGAUUGGCUACCCGAGCCUCCUCACAAUGGCCAACGUGAUCGGCGACAACCAGGUUGCGGCGAUCCUGCCGAUCGACCACCCGCGCCUCGAUGCGCAGGACAUAACUCGCGGGGUUGAGGUGCUGCCGCUGCUCGGCUUCUUCUCGCCGGCCGGUACAUGUAUCGCGCGCAAAAGGUGCUUCACGUCGAUGCACCAGAUUGCGCACUUCCGGUAA